CUCAAUGAGCCCCCUCUCAUCGCAGUCCAUGUUCUCGGCUCCCAGCAGCAUCCCCUCCAUGAACAUGCCCUCCGGUAUGGGCCACUCGGCCGUGCCGGGCAUGGCCAACUCCGGCCUCAACAACAUCAACAACAUCAGCGGGUCCUCGCUCAACUCGGCCAUGUCCUCCCCGGCCUGCCCCUACGGCCCACCGGGCUCGCCCUACAGCGUCUAUCGGGACACUUGCAACUCCAGCUUAGCCAGCCUCAGACUGAAAUCAAAGCAGCACUCCAGCUUCGGCUACAGCAGUUUGCAAAGCCCCGGCUCUAGUCUAAACGCCUGUCAGUAUAACAGUUGACGGACUUGACACAAACCACCUCCGACAAAACAUCGCCGA